AUGCCCGGCCUCUCCACCUCCCCAGAAUACAACCACAUCACCAUCAAAAAGCUACACCCAAAAUUCGGAGCAGAAAUAAGCGGUGUAGAUUUCUCGCGACCAGUGGAGAAAAAAGUCUUUGAUGAGAUCCUGACUGCAAUUACACAGUUUGGCGUAUGCGUGUUUCGGAACACGGGACUCGACGAUGCAGGGCACGUUGCGUUUGCAGGGCAAUUCGGCGAGUUGGAUGAUGUGACACCCUACACGGCUGGCGGACGAGCGCAUCGACUAUCCGAUGUCCGGCUAUUUGACGUGGGUAAUAUCGAACUAGACGGGACGGUGUUUGCACUGGAUAACGUGCGUCGGCAAUGGCCUUUUCCACGUAGACUCGAGCUUCAAUCCCCGACGAGCAGGAUACUCAUUGCUCCGGGCGCACGAGCUCCCACCCGCAGGGAUGGGGGAGAAACCGACUUUGCCGAUGUACGAACAGCAUUCGACGAGCUACCGACUACAUUGAAGGACGAACUCCGAGAAAAGGACUAUAUAGCAGCACACUCGCUCUGGCACUCACGCAAGACCGCUGCACCGGAAACCUUCACCGAUAUCAAUCCCGAGGAUUAUCCGAUGGGACGACAUCGCCUAGUCCAACGACACGAGGCAUCGGGACGAGAGACGAUGUAUAUAGCAGCGCAUAUCCAUCAUAUCGAAGGGUUAGACGCCGAGGCAUCGCGGGGGUUAUUCGAUAAACUGUUUCAACAUGCCACACAGCCAUGCUAUGUGCUUCGGAUUGGAUGGGAUUCACCGGGGGAUAUGAUCCUGUGGGAUAAUACCAGUGUGAUGCAUCGUGCGGUCGGGGGAAGCUUUGAAGGUAAGUUUCGACGGGAUAUGCGACGGGCAACGGUGCAUGAUGGGAGUAGCUCGGCGUGGGGGUUGAAUGAGCGGAGUAAUGUGCGUCAGGGUUUGCCUUGA